CCCCCCCUUUCCUUUCGUUCGUGUCCCCGUGUGCGUUAAUGGCUCCUCCUGCAAGAGAGAGACGGAGCUUGCACCGAAGAGCACAGGGGGGAGCUGUCCGCGAAUACCCCAAAAAAAGCCCAGCUCACACAGAGUUGGCGUUAUUUUAAGUGUUUACAGCGGCGAGUAGAUUUAUUUGAAAACUAGGGACCUUAUGUUAACGCACGAAAGACGACGUUGGAGGCAAGCGUUGUAAUUUUCUGGAGGAAAAAAAUUCUACUCGCCAAAUGAACUCCGUCAGAGCGACCAGCAGAAGACCAAGGAGAGUGAGGCCGCGCCCGGUGCAGCCGGAAAGGAACAACGGUGAAAGAGAUGAGGACAUCCCUGCAGAUAUGGUUGCAGAAGAAUCUGGUCCAGGAGCUCAAAACAGUCCAUACCAACUUCGUAGAAAGUCCUUGUUGCCUAAGAGAACUGCGUGUCCCACAAAAAGCAGUAUGGAGGGAGCCUCCACAUCAGCUACAGAAAAUUUUGGCCACAGAGCAAAACGCGCUAGAGUGUCCGGAAAGUCCCAAGACCUUCCAGCUGCCCCUGCAGAACAGUAUCUGCAAGAGAAGCUUCCAGAUGAGGUGGUCUUGAAAAUUUUCUCAUACCUGCUGGAACAGGACCUCUGCCAGGCUGCCUGUGUCUGCAAGCGAUUCAGUGAACUAGCUAAUGACCCCAUUCUCUGGAAGAGAUUGUACAUGGAGGUGUUUGAAUACACACGGCCCAUGAUGCACCCAGAGCCAGGAAAAUUCUACCAAAUAAACCCUGAAGAAUAUGAGCAGCCCAACCCAUGGAAGGAAAGCUUUCAGCAACUGUAUAAAGGAGCACAUGUAAAGCCUGGUUUUGCAGAACAUUUCUACAGUAAUCCAGCCAGAUACAAAGGCAGAGAGAAUAUGCUGUACUAUGACACCAUUGAGGAUGCUUUGGGAGGAGUUCAGGAGGCCCACUUUGAUGGGCUCAUAUUUGUUCAUUCUGGCAUUUACACAGAUGAGUGGAUCUACAUUGAAUCUCCCAUCACAAUGAUUGGUGCAGCCCCAGGAAAGGUGGCUGACAAAGUCGUUAUUGAGAACACUAGAGAUUCAACGUUUGUGUUUAUGGAGGGUUCAGAAGAUGCAUAUGUGGGUUAUAUGACCAUUAGGUUCAAUCCUGAUGAUAAAUCAGCCCAGCAUCACAAUGCGCACCACUGCUUGGAGAUCACAGUGAACUGUAGCCCCAACAUUGACCACUGCAUUAUCCGUAGCACCUGUACAGUGGGCUCAGCAGUGUGUGUAAGUGGCCAGGGUGCAUGUCCUACCAUCAAGCACUGUAACAUCAGUGACUGUGAAAACGUGGGGCUCUACAUCACUGAUCAUGCACAGGGCAUUUAUGAAGAUAAUGAAAUCUCAAACAAUGCGCUAGCGGGGAUCUGGGUGAAAAACCAUGGCAACCCAAUCAUCAGGAGGAACCAUAUCCAUCAUGGCAGAGAUGUAGGAGUGUUUACAUUUGACCAUGGCAUGGGCUACUUUGAGAGCUGCAACAUCCACAGGAACAGAAUUGCAGGUUUUGAAGUGAAGGCAUAUGCUAACCCCACAGUGGUACGCUGUGAAAUUCACCACGGCCAAACAGGAGGCAUUUACGUCCAUGAGAAAGGCAGAGGCCAGUUCAUAGAAAAUAAGAUCUUUGCCAAUAACUUUGCUGGUGUGUGGAUCACCUCCAACAGUGACCCCACGAUUAGGGGUAAUGCCAUCUUCAAUGGAAACCAAGGAGGAGUUUACAUAUUUGGUGAUGGCAGGGGUCUCAUAGAGGGAAAUGAUAUUUAUGGAAAUGCCCUGGCUGGCAUUCAGAUCAGAACUAACAGCUGCCCUAUAGUCAGACACAACAAGAUCCAUGAUGGACAGCAUGGAGGCAUCUAUGUGCAUGAGAAGGGCCAAGGUGUCAUUGAGGAGAAUGAAGUAUACAGCAACACUCUGGCAGGAGUGUGGGUGACCACAGGGAGCACACCUGUGCUCAGAAGGAACAGAAUACAUAGUGGCAAACAGGUUGGCGUGUACUUCUAUGAUAAUGGCCACGGAGUGCUGGAAGAUAAUGACAUCUACAACCACAUGUACUCUGGGGUCCAGAUCAGAACUGGGAGCAACCCUAAAAUUAGACGAAACAAAAUCUGGGGAGGGCAAAAUGGAGGCAUUCUUGUUUACAACUCUGGGCUGGGCUUCAUAGAGGACAAUGAGAUAUUUGACAAUGCAAUGGCAGGGGUGUGGAUUAAGACAGACAGCAACCCCACACUGCGCAGGAAUAAAAUCCACGAUGGUCGGGAUGGGGGUAUCUGCAUAUUCAAUGGUGGGAGAGGUCUUUUGGAGGAGAAUGACAUCUUCAGGAAUGCCCAGGCGGGCGUUCUCAUAAGUACAAACAGUCACCCAGUGUUGCGGAAGAACCGGAUAUUUGACGGCUUUGCUGCAGGCAUUGAGAUCACAAAUCAUGCUACAGCAACCUUAGAAGGCAAUCAGAUAUUCAACAACAGAUUUGGGGGGUUGUUUCUAGCUUCUGGUGUCAAUGUCACAAUGAAAGAUAACAAAAUCUUGAACAAUCAGGAUGCCAUAGAGAAGGCUGUGAGCAGAGGUCAGUGCCUGUACAAGAUUUCCAGUUACACCAGCUAUCCCAUGCACGAUUUUUACAGGUGCCACACCUGUAAUACAACAGACAGAAAUGCAAUCUGUGUGAACUGUAUCAAGAAGUGCCACCAAGGGCACGAUGUCGAGUUUAUACGGCAUGAUAGGUUUUUCUGUGACUGUGGUGCAGGUACAUUAUCAAACCCUUGCACGUUAGCUGGAGAGCCAACACACGACACGGACACUCUGUAUGACUCUGCACCUCCUAUAGAGUCUAACACGUUACAACACAACUGAGGCCGAAUCUGCCCUCCAUCUCAGCACCCUGGUCUUUAAUUUAACCUGCCUACAAAACAAGAGCUUCUGACACUUUGAGCUUGGAAAGACUCUGUGUAAAGAGACAGGACAACAAAAUCUUACACUUAAGUUGUUAUAUGGGAAAGAAAACCAUUUGAGGACAUAUGUGGAACUCCUAUGAAAAGCUGCCUCUUUGCUGGAUAGAGAUGUCUGUGUGUUGCUAAACGAGAAGUGUUCUGAUGCAAAUGGAAGCAAGAGAUUCCCUGUUCUUUUUCAGUUGUGCAAAAUGGCUCUUGACCUGCAAAGAGUUAAUGGUUGUGUAGAACUUUGGAAGAGUUAAGAGUUGCACAGAGAAGCAAUAUGUUGACUCAGGAUUCUGGAGAUUAAAAGACGAGACUACAGCAGCGUCAUGUUUUGGAAGAAGAGCGAUGGAAACUUCCUUGGUCUUUCCAAACCUAUAACCCUGUGCAGUCUCUGUGAUGCGUGCAGGUUGAAAUAGAGAAGAUCUACUGCAGUUUUGUACAGACCUAAAAGUGGCCAGAAACACUUGGAGCCAUUGCCCCUCCCACAGAGAGGCAUCUUGGAUAGAGGGAGAGCCAUGAUGACAUGGCUUCCUUGGCAACUGUUUCUAGGUAACAGAUGUGCUGAUUAUAUGUAUGGUAUAAAAAAAGAAAAAAGAAAACUAAAAAAAUGUGGUUAGCACUUGCUUUUUUUAAUAUGUUAAUGUUAUUCUGAUCAACAAAUAUGAUUUUAAUGCUUUCUCAUGUAGUUUUGUAUUUUCAAGCAAAAAAAUCUUACUGUAUUUGAAUGUCUUUUAUUUUAUUAUAUAUUAUAAUUAUUAUUGUUAUUAAUAUUUUCGUUAGCACACGAUAGGCUUGUAAUCAUACAGUGUCUCAGCAUAUAAAUUCUUUCUGUGAAAGAGGUUUAACGAAGAAAAAGAUUUGGAAAACUUAACACUAAAAUGUCCUCCAGCUAUGGUUUUUGAUAUGCAUAGUGUGAAUCAGUUGGUAAUGUGUGUGGGGUUUUUCGUUUUUGCUGGAGAGGGUGUCUCCCUCCGAUUGUGAUUAGUCCCACAACUCUGCUUCACUGCUGAAUUUAAGGUGUUUUUUUUUUACUACACUUUUUUGUUUGUUUCAAAAAAAAUGUAAUUUUUGGAAAACUGAAUUUCUAAACAGAAUUAAAUGUCCCAAGGGCAAAGGAAGUGUUUGUGAACUGUAGAAUAUUAUCUUUGUGAAGUGCUUCACUCUUCACUUGAGUUUCGUAGAACUGUUUCAUCAACAUGACGUUGAUGUCCCCCUCUUUUAAUUAAGACAUGUUUUCUUUUGGGUCUGUGGCCCAUCAUGUGCCUGUUUUGAGUGUUAUGUAGAAUUGAAAAGCAUUGCUGGAGUUUGCUAUGUUAAAGGCCCUGGCCUCUUAGCUGAGACACAUAUCUCUACAGCCUCGUUGUCUUUUGCCCCUCAACUUCAUCCCCAUCUAUGUGUAAUGUGGUGACUGUGGCCUCUCAUGCCGCCUGAAUUGUAUGCAUGUACCAUAACAUCUAGACUUAAUAUAUUGUGAAGUAUUCAAUAACCAUUAUGUAGAUGCUAGUAUGAAUUUAAAAAGGGUUUAAUUUCCUAGAAAAAAAAGAAAAAAGGAAACUGGUCAUUUUUAAGAAAAUAAACUUUAUUAGAUCAAG